UGUCAGACUGACACUAGGUAUGACAUAAGGUUAUACCUGAUGUGUUACGAACGAAUUGAGAAUUUGAGAUCGGACAUACUGAUAGUUAUAUUAUUGGUUUUUCUAGGAUACUGUUCUCAGAUGGAAAAUUUUUCAAGAGUAGAAAAAAUAGGCGAAGGUACUUAUGGCGUAGUAUAUAAAGCAACGGAUAGAGUGACUGGAAAGGAAAUUGCUUUGAAGAAAAUAAAAUUGGAAAAUGAGCCGGAGGGCGUGCCGUCGACGGCACUGCGGGAGAUCUCGGUGCUGCGCGAGCUGCGCCACCCCGCCGUCGUGCAGCUGCUGGACGUGCUGCUGGCCGACAACAAGCUCUUCUUAGUCUUUGAAUUCCUUCACAUGGACUUAAAGCGCCUUAUGGACAUUACCAAAGGCCCACUUCGUCUCGAUCUUGUUAAGAGCUACCUGCGGCAGCUGCUGGAGGGCGUGGCGUACUGCCACGCGCAGCGCGUCAUGCACCGCGACCUCAAGCCGCAGAACCUGCUGGUGGACGCCGCCGGCAGCAUCAAGCUGGCCGACUUCGGGCUGGCGCGCGCCUUCGGCAUCCCCGUGCGCGCCUACACGCACGAGGUCGUCACGCUGUGGUACCGCGCGCCCGAGAUCCUGCUGGGCGCCAAGUUCUACUCCACCGCCGUGGACGUGUGGAGCCUGGCCUGCAUCUACGCCGAGAUGGCGAGCGGCCGCACGCUCUUCCCGGGCGACAGCGAGAUCGACCAGCUGUUCCGCGUGUUCCGCGCGCUCGGCACCCCGGGCGAGCGCGUGUGGGCGGGCGCGCGCCGCCUGCCCGAGUACCGCGCCGCCUUCCCGCGCUGGCCGGCGCGCGCCCGCGCGCUGCUGCCGGCCGCCGCGCGCGCGGACCCGCUCGCCGGCGCGCUGUUCGACGCCAUGCUGCGCUACGAGCCCAGCCGCCGCCUGCCCGCGCGCGCCGCGCUGCUGCACCCCUACCUGGCGCACGCGCCGCGCACGCCGCCCGACCUGCCCGCCUGACCGCCCCGCCGCCCCAAAGCCCCACCGCCUGUACGAUGACACCGACCGGAGACGCGAUUGCUCUGUGCCUAAAGCGGGAGAGUGCCGCUCGUACUCAUAUGUAUACACCUACAAGUUUCAUGUGCUCUAUUUCCAGACUCCGCGAAUU